GUUCAUACUGAAGGGCUAUGGUAAUUCACUAAAUUACCGAAUGGGAGUCCCGCUACUUGAGGAUGUAAUUCAAUCCAUGGAACAGGCAAUCAAGGCUAAAGAAGAAGGAUAUGCUUCCGGGAGCUAUGAAAAGGCAAGACUACGUUUUGCUCAUGCAGAAACUCUACUUCCUUUUUCAUGCUUGCUUGGGCUCUUUCUUGAAGAAUCUGAAUUUGAACUAAUACAAAGAGAGGAGACGUUGCAAUUCCCUCCUAAGCCUCCUACAAAGAGAAACUGGCGGGGAAGUAUAGUGACACCUUUUGCUGGAAAUAACAUGCUAGUCCUUUACAGCUGCGUGUCAAACAACUCAAGCAAGUACUUUGUGAAAGUGCUGCACAAUGAACGUCCGACUCCAGUUCCAGGUUGCAAUGGCUCAGAUUCUUGUCCAUUUGAAGUAUUUAAGGAAAGAAUUGUUGCUCCUCACUUGAAACAUGACUACAAUGCGCUUUGCAACAUAAACUUGGAACAAAAAGAGAAGAAUUCUGCCCCCAGCAAGUUAUCACAAAUGUUUAGUUGGUUUUUCUCCCUGAGAAAUGCUGUUAAUCCCGCUCAGAACGUUGAGCUAUAACAACAACUAUUACGCCUCAAUUUCAAGCAUUGAGGAACUUUGAUCUGUGUGUUUUAUAAGCUGAUUCAACAAGUGGCCAGCAUGUGUCUUGGUGUGGUACAAUUUCCAGGGUAACUGUCCUGUAUAAUCAAGUUUUUUGGUGACUGGUCUAACCAUAGGGUAGCCUAUAUGGAAUGUAUUCAAUUACAUAGUUUAUAGUUGUAGUUUUCACAUCCAAAAAUGUAAUGCUCCAUUCAUUUAGGUCCUUUGAUUUCCCUUUAUCCUCCGAAAAUUGAAUUACUUUGUGGAUGUAUAGAACAAAAACAGUUUGUUUCCAACUGCCUUAACAAGUAAAAAGACAUUAGGGCUAGCUAGGUCGUUAAGCUAUUUUUCAAUCUUUUGUCAGUAAAGUUGAAUCUAUGCUUUGUAAUAUUAUCGCUUUUAAUUUGCACUUUGA